CUACACCUUAUUAUCUCAGAGCGCAGUGUGGUGCCGGAUUCCCUGAGGAUCCUGACGCUGGGGACUGGCUGGAUGUCCGACAGGAGGUGCUCGAACGGCAGGGAGGCGGCCUGGCUGGGCUGCAGCAGGUCCCUGGUGCUCACCUUCAUGCUGCUCCUCGCCUGUGCGGUGGUGGUGGGCAACUUCAUCACCGUGACCGUCUUCCUCAGGACCAAGAAGUCCCGCACCCCUCAGGGGUACCUGAAAGUCUCCCUGGCCCUGGCCGAUCUGGCGGUGGGACUCCCUUUCUCCGUCUACACGGAGAUCGCGUUGCUGGGGAGCGCCAGCCCCACUCUGUGCUACAGCGGCUACUCGGCCACGGGGGGCGACCAGCUCUGGUAGCCCUGCAGCCUGGUGUUCGCCGGCUGUACCUUCGUGUCCAUCAGCACCAUCUUCCUGCUGUCGGUGAAGAGGAGUGUGGCCAUCCUGAAGCCCUUGCACAAGGAAUCCAUCGUCACCCGGAGGAGGACCUUACUCCUCAUCCUGCUGUCCUGGUUCACCGGCUUCCUGCUCUUCAGCGGCCACUUCUCCCUGGAGUACAGCGAAUGCAGCCGGAUGUGUAACUACGCCUUCGUGGCCCGGGCUGUCCCCCACGCCAGCUGGAGUAUCCUCCUCCUCUUCCCCGCCUUUGACUUUACCAUCUUCGGGGGUACUCUGGCCGUCAACGCGCUGUCCUUCCGCACCAUCCGCCGCUACUCCGAGAAGCGCAAGUCCUUGGCCGAGCUGAAGAACUUACCCGCCUCCCUGCGCCCCUCCUUCUCAGACAUUAAAGCCGCCAAAACCAUCGGCAUCCUCACUUUGAUCUUCACCGCCUCUUUCAGCCCGGUCGCCGGCCUCGUGGUGGGUAAUGUCGCCGGCUAUCGCUGGUGUAACUUCUCCUUCUUUGCCUUUUGGGUGCCGGCGUCCAACAGCUGCUGCAAUGUCAUUAUCUACAGCGUUAGGGACCAGAGGUUCCGCAAAGGCCUGCACCAGUUAUUCCACAAAACCCCACAGUGAUCCUCAGGAAAGUUCUGGGCUCUGAGGAACCGUGAUUUUCGCCAAGGGAAUACAAUUCUGACUGGACAGUGAGGACCAUCCGAUUGAUUCAACAAGUGCAUAAACCUCAGCUUAAAAAUAACCAGCUUCUCUCACAUUAUGUUAUAUUGAAAACAUCAGUUCGAUGCUAUCACAGAAGGGCACUUGAGAACAUUUAUGAACGUUCAAUUAUUUUCUUACUGUGAACUGUAUACAUUUUCUACCUUGACACAGCUGUCUGGUGCCAUUUUUGAAAACACUGUUGAGAACUAUUAAUCAACAUCACUGACCUAGCAUGUCACUUCAAAGUUUUUAAAUUGACUUUGUGUGGGAUAGUUGUCUUAGGCAGUUUCUUAGUAUUUGAGGAUGACUUGUUUCCACUUCAGAAGGUUCUGAGAUGACAGCUAAGUCCAUUUGCAGAUUCUGCCACAUGUGGGGCAGGUGGUGCUUGAAGGGACAAACACAUUGAGUUUGACGCGUGUGUGUGUUCUCUAUCCAGUCUUUGUCUCUCGUCUUUGCCUCUGUGUCCUUCUGAAGAAGUGUCCCACUAUGUUUGGUGUCUUCCCAAAGAAACCAAAACCCAAGAGCUCCCCUGUUUCAGUGGGAUUGCUUGAUUUCUUCCUGGGUGCUUUAAGGACAAUCCUGAAAUUGUUCUUCUAUCUUCCUAGAAAUCUCCUGCCUGAGCAGAAGACUGGUGUCAGGCCUACGAGCAACACAUAGCAUUCAGUAAAAAUUUCAUUAAUUUUCACUGAAGUUUUACACUGAAGUUUUACUCUGAGGUGGGUGGGAGGGGCAAGCAGUACCUAGGUAUUUAGAGGGCAAGCCAGUUUCACAGUCUUAACCUAGUUCAAAGCUAUAGUGACACAGAAUGUGAAACAAGUCUCCCUCAAUUUCUCUGACUGUGUAAAUAUGAUAAUGAUCAAACCAUCAAAAAAGAAUAAAUAUUCUGUACUUAAUUUGGAAAUGUUACU